AUGGGAGAUCCAGACCGCUUGCAAUGGUAUUAUGUGGAUCGGACUGGCCAGGAGUUCGGUCCUUUUCGAACAUCGAAGAUGCGCUCCUGGUUCACGCAGGGCUUCUUUCCCAUCGGGGACGAGCUCUUGGUCCGCCUUGGGGACUGGCCGCCUGAGUCCCACGUGGCAGUCAAGAUGCUCUAUCCGGACCCUGACAAUAUCUUCGUCGGAGGUCCACAGUCACCGCAGAGCGCAAGCCGCGCGCCACCGCGGCGGCGGAGCCGCAGCCGCAGCAGGCGGCGGCCGCGCGAGGAGCCGCGGCAUCCUCGACCAGAGGAGUAUCCGCCAGAAUACGACCGGCAGCCUGGCUACGGGCCGCCACCCUACGGUGGCUACCCACCUCCUCCCGGCUAUGGCGCCUACGGCCCUCCACCUGGCUACGGCCCGGGCUACGGCCCUCCACCGGGCUAUGGGCCGCCUCCACCUGGCUACGGCCCACCACCCUACGGCUAUGGGGCGCCGCCGCCAGGCUAUGGUCCUCCAGGUGCAUAUCCGGCGCCGGGAUACGGGCCGCCCUCGGGCCCGUCGCCUGGAUAUGGCCCACCAGGAGGCUCCGCUGGCUUCUCUGGCCGUCAGACAGGGACCCUCAAGUCCUUCAACCCGAAGCAUGGCUUUGGGUUCAUUGAUUGCCCGCAGGUGAGGCAUCGCUUUAGCAGGGACGUCUUCGUCCACAAGGCGCAGAUUGGUGACUUGGAGGUGGGUGAAGAGCUCACCUUCCUGUUGGACACCAACAAGGACGGUAUGCCCCAAGCAAGGGACAUCCGCCGCGGUGACGGUUCCAAGCCCGGCCCUGGAAAAAGAGGAGGGGAGGACGCACCGGCAGCCAACGGUGGCGACCAAAGCGCCAAGAAGCGGCGACGAGGGGGAAAGGGCAAGAAGAAGGGCGAGGAUGGUGCAGGUGGUGAUGCGAAGGGACCUGGGGAGGCCGCAAAGCCCGAGGAACCGGCACCUCAGAAAGCUGAAGGUGAUGGUGAAAAUAGCGCCAAGGCUGAAGCGAAAGAGACAGCGCCGGCUGCAGAGAAUACGAGCAGCGAGCUCAAAGCUGCUUCCGAGGCUCCCGAUGGCGACAAGCCUUCCGAGAAGGUGGCCGAGGCGGCCGAGGCUCAAGCCGGCCAAGCCGCGCCAUUGGAGGCGAAGGCUGAGGGAGGGCCCGGAGCAGACACUCAGGCUCCUGCUGCAGAUGCGCCUGCCAAUUCUCUGCCCACGGAAGCACCCGCGGCAGAUGCCCUGGUGACAGAGAAGGUGGCAGAAGCUCCAGCAGCAGAAGCCCCGGUGGCAGAGGCCCCAAAGGUGGAAGCCCCAGCCCCGGCCCUGGCCGUGGCGGAAGCCCCGGCAGCGCAAGCCCCGGCAGCAUCUGCGGAUGCGCAGGAUCCAGCUCCAGCCGCAGCCCCGCAGGCUUCAGCUGAGCCGGCGCCAGCUGAUGCCCCCACACCAGCGGUGACCGAGGCAAUUUCUGCAGCGGCGCCAGCGGAAGCUCCAAAAGAUGCGACAUCUCACGAGAACCACGUGCCAAAGGGCACUGAGCCGCAUGAUCCGACGAAGGAAGCAGCCACGUCCGAUAAAACACAGGAUGCAGUGCCACCGGCUGAGGCUCCGGCCGAGGUCUCCGCGCCCAGCACCUCUGAGCCAGAGGGCACCAAGGAGGCUUCUGCUAAUCCUGAGUCCUGA